CCAGACGGCGACCCUGCCUCGAAGGGGCUGUCCAAGACGACCACCACCAUGAGCAUGGUGUUCUUCGCGGCGGCCUGCUGCGUGAUGUUCGGGGCGUGCCUGGCGGGGAUCUUCCUGCUGCUCGAGGGCGACAUCGUGGAGUUUCUGAUGAUGUUCUAUCUGCUCAUCUUCGGUACCAUGAUGGCAAUCCUCGACACGCCCUUCUUCAAGCAGAUACAGGCAACCAGGUACCUCAAGAUGUACAUCGGCAAGUACAUCAACAUCCUGAUGCGGGUCACCGGCAAGGGCGUGGCAUUUGUGUUCCUCGCCUGCACGCUCUCCACGGGCAUCUGGAAUCCGGACUGGAACGCGAAGGAGCACAACACCUUCCUGAGAGUCAUGGGGUGCCUGCUAUGCCCGGUGCCGUUCUUCGUGGGGCUGGCGGCCAUCGUGGUCGGUGCGGUGAAGAGCAAGAAGCUCAAGGGCGCGCAAGACCAGCUGAGGGAGAUCGACAGCACGGCAGGGGGCAGCCUUGAGCAGCGGAUUGACCAGUGGGCCAUGACGUACCGCGGGGAGCGCUGCGCCCUGACGCCGCUGGAGUUCAACAAGCUCUGCGAUGACACGGCGCACAUCAAGUUCGAGGAUCCUGACCUGAAGCUGAUAUUCGACGCGCUCGUCAGCAACCCCAAGUGGAGGCCGCUUCGGGG